AUGGCUAUGAACCAGAUUCCCGGCCAUAACAUCUACAUUGGGGGGAUCUUCUGUCUCAAGAACAAAGCUGCUCUGGCAAAAGCAGACAUUACUCAUGUUCUUUCUGUGUUGAGACUGAAUCCUUCGGAAGAGACGUUUGCCUCUUUCCAGCAUCUUUCAAUAGAUGCUGAUGAUGUUGAGGAUGAGAAUUUAUUGGAGCAUUUCCCUGCUGCCAUCAAGUUCAUUCAGGCUGGAUUGGACAGCGGCGGCGGUGUCUUGGUACAUUGUGCAAUGGGAAAAUCUCGGUCAGCAACGAUGUGUAUUGCCUACAUGAUGCACAAGCAGCCUGGUGCCCUCACACCGCAAACAGCUCUGGACAUCAUCAGGCAGUCUCGACCACUUUGUGAACCCAACGAGGGUUUCAUGCGACAACUGGAGCUCUACCAUGAGAUGGGCUGUCCAGACGAUGUCACAGAGAACCGGAUCUAUCAGCGCUGGCUGUAUCAUCGGGACGUGGAAGAGAGCGUUGCCUGUGGACGUGCUCCCGAACUCAAGUCUGUGCGCUUCGAGGAUGAACUGCCUGUGCAGCCCACGCCGAACGAUAGUGGUCGGUCCGCGGAGAUCAAGUGCCGCAAGUGCCGACGCACUCUCGCAACAACGCCAUUCAUCAUCGACCACAAGAAACACGAGAGGGGGCCGCAGCGCUACGCUAAACAACCAACCAGCACAGAAUGUGCUCAUGUUUUCUUGCAUCCCCUCAAAUGGAUGCGUCCCAGUCUCUUCCCUGGCUCGGUACAGCAAGGCUCCGAUCCGGACGCGGACUCGACGUACGACGAGUAUUCGGUCGAUGCUCCCUUAUCGGGGCGCCUCACGUGUCCUAACUCCGGCUGCGGUGCGAAUAUUGGUAAGUUUGCCUGGCAGGGCAUGCAAUGCAGUUGUGGCGGAUGGGUGGUGCCUGCGAUCGGGCUUGCCAAAGCCCGGGUGGAUAUUGCGAAUCGAGUCACUCCCGCAGCACGUGGAUCUGGCGGCCCGCCGGCAAUGGGCAUCCGUCUACCUCCGGGGAUGCGAUCAUCCGAAACUGGAGAGUCAGGCUCUGGACGUGGGAAUCUAUGA